AUGGGGGUGCUGCUGGGACUAAAAUCUCUGCUGGGGCUGUCACAGACAGGUUCAAGGCCUGUGACGUGGGCCCUUGGGGAAGUGUCGCUGGAGAUGCAUCAUUCACUUGGGAAGGUGGUUGUGCUGCUGACUUGUUCUCUGGGGGUGGUGGUGGUGCUGCUGAAAGCCUUGUUGGGGAAGAUGGUUGUGGUGCUGGUGGUGACUCCUUCACCGGGGGAGGUGGUUGUGGUAGUUAUGGUGCUGCUGAUGGUACUGACACCUUGGCUCGGUCUCUGGUUGGCGCAGCAGGAAUCAUCCUCUCAUUCCUUUUUUCUCACACUGAGCCAGAACCCUGUCCAGGCCGGUGCCUCAGAGUGUGGAGGAGGUUAUCCUUCAGCACUCUCGCUCCACCUCUGCUCAGCCAGCCUCGUGCGCGCAGCACCCAGCCUCGUGCGCGGAGCACCCAGCCUCGUGCGCGGAGCACCCAGCCUCCCAGAGCCGCUCCUGAACCGCACCACUGCGGAUCCUGAGCAGCAUGCUGCUUUGAGACGCACUCAACAAACUCCCAGUGACGACCCUAAGGUCACACUUGAAGCUAAGAAUUUGUGGAAAGUAUUUCAUAAAAUAGAAACUGAGAUGGUCAUUACCAAAUCUGGAAGGAGAAUGUUUCCUCCGUUUAAGGUGCGCGUCACUGGUCUGGAUAAAGAGGCACAGUAUAUCCUGUUGAUGGACAUAGUUUCCGUGGAUGACUGCCGUUACAAAUUUAACAAUUCCCGCUGGACAGUAAGUGGGAAAGCUGACCCUGAGAUGCCCAAACGCAUGUACAUUCACCCAGACAGCCCGUCCAAAGGGGAGCACUGGAUGUCCAAACCUGUGGCCUUUCAUAAACUCAAACUCACUAACAACACCUCAGACAAGCAUGGAUUUACAAUUCUUAAUUCAAUGCAUAAAUACCAGCCCCGGUUCCACAUUGUGAGAGCCAACAGCAUCAUGAAGCUUCCCUACUGCACUUUCCGGACAUAUGUCUUCCCAGAGACUGAGUUUAUUGCUGUCACAGCUUAUCAGAAUGAAAUGAUCACACAACUCAAAAUAGACAACAACCCAUUUGCCAAAGGAUUUAGAGACACAGGAAAUGGAAGAAGAGAAAAAAGGAAUAAAUCUGUUUUGUCUCUAGAAGGUGAUUCACACCAAAUUGAACAGAACCACAGUGACUCUGAUGAUUCGUCUGAAAUAUUAUCUGCAAGUGACCCACUUUACUCUCCUCUGGAAGUGGUUAGUAGCCCCCUGAUGUCACUGCACACUCAACAAGGAGAAAUGUGGAGCGAUAGUUCCAGUACUGGUAUCAUAAAUGGAUCAACACCUGAUGAUGCACACUCGGCAGUCAAGGAUUCCAUGAGAUAUAUUGAAGACAGAAAUAUUUCUUUUCCACUUCAGACUAUGAGGUCACCAACAAUGUUUCAUCUUGGACAACUGACCACAACGCCACUGGAUUUCUCUGCACCAGCUACAGGGCACAUGGCUUCAUCUUUGACACUGGAAAAUGAAAUGACAACUCAUAGCAGACAUCAUCCAUCUCUAUACAUCUGUCCUCUGCCACAAAGCCCUUUCCCAUCCCAGGGCCUGUCGCCUUAUAGCGAACUCCAUCCAUACCCACCUUGCUUCUUGUCUUCUUCUCUUGUGGCUCCAGCUCUUCCCACCACCUCUGUGACCUCCAGUCAACCACCACAUCUUUCCCUCCACAGUGCUAGCCCCUGGAUGAGACCGAGUCCUUAUCAUAUCCCUGCAUCGCUCAGCUCCAGCACAAACCUGCAGAUGGACAGAAAGCACAAUCAUUCACACCACAAAUCAGUCCAGAAAAUGGAUCACAUAAGUGCCAGUGGAUCUGCACUUUAG